AUGACGAGCCUCGUGCAGCAGUACUUCACAUCGCCUGCAGUCUCGCAGCCUCGCGCGAUCGCGCACCUAGCGCUCUUGCUAGGCGGGCUCUACAUUGCCUCGCGCACCCUUCGCGCUGCUGCCCACGCUCUGUUCCCCAGCAAAUUCCCAGGUCAAGCCGAGACUGAGCUACUCGCUACACCCGUCGUCUUCUCACAGGCCGAUGUUGGCGCAAAGGAACUCUCUGGCGUCAAAGCGUAUGAUUAUAUCAUUGCCGGAGGUGGUACUGCAGGCAUAGUCCUCGCGGCUCGAUUGUCGGAAGAUCCAAAGGUCUCUGUCCUUGUCAUCGAAGCCGGCUACUCGGAUCUCAAGCAGCUCUACUCGCGUAUCCCGGCUGGUUUCGCCAAGCUCUUUACCGGUGCCAACGAUUGGAACUACAGCACCACGCCCCAGUCGAAUGCAAACGGUCGCAAGUUCUACUGGCCGAGAGGAAAGGCUCUCGGAGGAUGCUCGUCGAUCAAUGCUAUGAUUUACAAUGUCGGCUCACCUGCAGACUAUGACGAAUGGGAGCAAAAGUGUGGCAUGAAGGGAUGGGGCUACAGCUCUAUGGCACACCUCGUCAAGAGAGCCACUACGUUCACCCCACGACCUGGAUUCGAUGUCAAGAACAGCAACCUUGGCAAAGAUGGUCCUUGGCAAAUCUCGUAUUCGUACACGUCGAAGCUCUGCAAGCCGUUCAUCAAGGCCUGUGAUGCUGUCGGCAUACCAGAAGUCGCCUGCGUCAACACUGAAAAGGGCAUUGCCGGCGCAUCGACUAUGCAGACUUUCAUCGAUCAGAAGGGCCAGCGCUCGAGCACGGCUACGGCUUACCUCGAUCACGCAACAGCUUCUCGAUCCAAUUUGCACAUUGCUGUCGGCCAGACGGUCACCCGCGUCAUCUUCGAUCGCACUGUCACGCCGCCUCGCGCCAUCGGUGUCGAGAUGGCUGCGUCCAAGCAUGCACCACUCUCGUACCGCGCUCGUGCUCGCAAGGAAGUCAUUGUCUGCGGUGGCGCCAUCGCGAGCCCUACCCUGCUCAUGUGCAGCGGUGUCGGACCAGCCGAGCAUCUACGCUCCAAGAACAUUGAUGUCGUCGCCGAUGUCCCAGGAGUGGGUCAAAAUUUGCACGAUCAUCUCUUCAUUCCCGCCAUCGCUCGCGUACACAAGGGCAUGUCGCUUCAAUUCUUGGCAAACGACAUCAAGUCGAUUCCCGCACUCGUCGAAUGGAUUCGCAAAGGCACCGGACCUCUCACGUCCAAUGUUGCCGAAGCAUGUUCCUUCCUGAGCGCCACGGAGCGUGAGGACUGCCCCAAGAACAUCAAGAAUCUCGUAUCCGUGCUCAUGUUUGUGCAGAUGAGCGGUCCUGGCUCAGCUGAUCUCGAGCUGCUAUCUGGCCCUGUUUGUUAUGUCGAUCAUGGUCGGUCUGUGCCGACAGACUACAGCGACUAUGCUGCUGUCGGUGCAAUCCAUCUUCGACCAGAAGGACGUGGCAGUAUUCGCCUCGACACACGCAACAUUUUUGAUGCCCCUCUCAUUGAUCCUGCCUAUCUGUCCACGGAGAGCGACCGCGCCAUGAUGCUGUACGGCCUCAAGCUCUGCCGAAAGGUCAUCGAGAACGAACAAUACGGCGCCUUCAAGUCAUGGUACCGUCCCAGCUUUGAAGAGUCGACCGACGAGCAGCUGGAGGAGUACAUCCGUAACGAGAGUGAGACGAUUUACCACCCCGCAGGCACUUGCCAAGCUGGCGAUUUCUCGGCAAAUCCCAAUGCCGUCGUCGAUCAUGAGCUCAAGGUCCGCAACGUCACCGGACUGCGCGUCUGCGAUGUCUCAAUCCAGCCACAUCUGAUUGCUGGCCAUCCUUGCGCAUCCGCCGUCCUGACAGGCGAAAAGCUCGCCGAGAUUAUCAAACAAUCGCCAAAGUGA